ACUUAAAAGGAACGAGUUUUCAUUUACACAUAGCAGAGUUCAAACGAAGAAAUGGAGGCAAUACUCAGUGUUCUCGGCUUGGAGUGGGUCGAUGGCAGAAGUUUAUUAAUAUUUUUCUGUGUUUUUCUGCUGCUGGCUGAUGUUUGGAAGAACAGAGUGCCGAAAAACUUCCCUCCUGGACCGUGGGCUCUGCCUUUUAUUGGUGAUCUGCAUCGUAUCCAACCUGCAAGACUUCAUCUGCAGUUCACAGAGUUUGCAGAGAAAUAUGGAAACAUCUUCAGCCUUCGUCUCUUUGGUGGAAGGGUUGUGAUCUUAAAUGGCUACAAAACUGUGAAAGAAGCCCUGGUCCAACGAGGAGAAGACUAUGUAGAUCGUCCGUCUGUACCUUUGUCUCAAGAAAUAUUUGGGAAACAAGCAAAAGGCAUUGUGAUGUCAAAUGGUCAUCUAUGGAAGCAGCAGAGGAGAUUUGCUCUUCAUACACUCAGAAACUUUGGUCUGGGCAAGAAGACUCUGGAGCUUUUCAUCCAGGAGGAGUGUCGAUAUCUCACGGAGGAGUUUGCAGAUCAGCAAGCAAAGUCUUUCAGUGCUCAGAAAGCGAUCAACAAUGCUGUGUCCAACAUCAUCUGCUGUUUGGUGUUUGGGCAUCGAUUUGAGUACACUGAUCAGAAGCACCAGACUAUUCUCAACCACUUAAAUGAACUAAUGUACUUACAGGGAAGUUUAUCCGUCCAGAUUUACAACAUGGUACCCUGGCUGAUGAAAUGGCUGCCUGGAUCUCAUCGGAGGACACUUACUCUGAUGCAUAAAAUCAUGGACUUCAUAGAAAUCAAGGUCAAAGAACACAGAGCAAAUCUCGACCCCUCAUCACCAAGAGACUACAUCGACUCCUUCCUCAUAGAAAUGGGAGAUAAGGAGGACAAAGAAGCUGGUUUUGAUAUCACCAAUUUGUGUUUUUGCACUGUUGACCUGUUUGGUGCUGGAACUGAAACUACUACCACUACUUUACACUGGGGGCUGCUGUACAUGAUGUAUUACCCUGACAUACAGAAGAGAGUCCAGGCUGAGAUAGAUGCUGUGAUUGGUUCAUCCAGACAGCCCUCCAUGACUGACAGAGAAAACAUGCCCUAUACUGAUGCAGUCAUCCAUGAAAUACAGAGAAUGGGCAACAUCAUCCCACUGAAUGUAGUCCACAUGGCAAGCAGGGACACCACACUGGAUAAGUACACAAUCCCAAAGGGCACCAUGUUAAUGGCUACACUGACCUCGGUUCUGCACGAUGAGUCGAUGUGGGAAACUCCACACUCCUUCAACCCUCAGCACUUUCUGGACCAGGAUGGGAAAUUCAGGAAGAGAGAGGCCUUCCUUCCUUUUUCUGCAGGAAAGCGGGUUUGUCUUGGUGAACCUCUGGCCAAGAUGGAGUUAUUCCUCUUUUUCACCUCCCUCCUUCAGAGGUUUUCAUUCUCGGCGCCUGCUGGAGAGAAGCCCAGUCUGGAGUUUGUCCUGGGAGCUACUCACGCUCCCAAACCUUACCGCCUCUGUGCCACACCAAGAUAAACCACAACACACAAUGAAUCACUGUGUUCCUUUACAUUUAUCUCCUAAAGCAUCAAGAAUAGCUGCCGUAUAAAUUUCUUUUUCUGUACUGUACAAUAAAUAUAAUUUGGAAGUAUUUUCAGCCAGUACACAUUUUCAAUCAACCUUUAUGCAAUAUUAAUCUCUUGUCUUCAAUGAUUCACACUCUUGUUGUUGACAGAAAUCACUGGGAAUCAUGUUCCUACACUCAUUUUUACAACACACAGACUUACAAAAACGUAAUUUGUGUGUAAAUCAAUAAACUGAGAUGAACUUUU